AUGAAACGUUUCAGAUUCGAUGUCAUCAAGAACUCUGAAGUACGCUGGACAGGAAAAGGAGAAGACACUACACACAACAAAGGUGUAGGAAUGCUAUUAAGUGCAAAAGCAAAAAAGACGCUAAUAGGAUACAAUCCGAUUAGUUCGCGAGUAAUCAUGGCUAGAUUCAAUGCAACACCAUUCAAGCUCACAGUAAUGCACGUGUAUGCACCAACAUCAGCAUCAUCAGAUGAUGAAAUCGAAAUAUUCUAUGAUAGCAUCGAGCAUGCACUAACACAAACGCCUAAAAAGGAUAUAAUAAUCGUAACUGAUGAUUGGAAUGUGAAAAUUGGGAGUGAUAAUACACACUGGAAGUCAAUGAUGGGUAGAUCGACUUCUAGAGUUUGCAGCAGUACACAAUCUAUACAUUUGCAAUACAUGAUUUCAACAGAAAGCAAAUAA